GCUCCUGCGCUCGUGCGGUGACGUGGACACUAUUUACGUUUUGGUCAGGGGUAAGAAAGGCAAAGAUGCGAGGGCAAGACUGCAUGAAAUGCUGGAUGAGUUUUUGUUCCAACGUGCUCAUGAGGAGAAUCCCAAAGGCAUCCACAAAGUAGUACCCAUUGUGGGAGAUAUGGAACUACCAGGAUUGGGCCUCAGUGAUGAGGACAGGAAAACUCUCACCAGCAAAGUGACAAUUAUUAUAAAUGCAGCUGCAACGGUUAGAUUCGACGAGAAACUUUCAAUUUCUGCUGGAAUCAAUGUGCGAGGUACACACAACGUGAUACAACUCGGGAAGGAAUGUCGUGCACUGCGUGCACUAUUGCAUGUAUCCACUGCGUUUGCGCAUACGAAUCUUGACAAUAUUGAGGAAAAAUUCUACGACCCGCCAAUGAGUGUUGAAGCUUUGGAAGCCAUUGCGAAGCUGGAUGAAGGUCUAAUCGAGGCCAUUUUGCCUAAGCUUCUGGGUAAAAGGCCGAACACAUACUGUUACACGAAAGCUAUUGCUGAAGAAGCAGUAAGGAUAUACGGCGAAGGUAUGCCGGUUUGCAUUCUCAGACCUUCCAUAGUGGUAUCUACUUACGAGGAGCCAGUACGAGGGUGGACUGACAGCCUUUAUGGACCUACGGGCCUCAUCAUUGGUACAGGAACUGGGGUCCUCAGAACGAUGUACAUGAAUCUAGAGAAGACUGCGGACAUGGUACCUGUGGAUCUCUGCGUCAAUGCCAUUUUGUCGGCUGUUUGGUAUACAGCUAAGAACUUUAAGGAAAAUCAAACAUCAGACAUUCCCAUCUAUAAUUUCGUGUCAGGCGCGCAGAAUCCAAUCACAUGGGGUGAAUUUAUCGAUGUUAAUCGGAAACAUGGCAUUGACAAACCUACUGUGAAAGCUGUUUGGUACUAUGGACUGAAUCCAACUAAUAACUACUACAUGUUCUUAUUCUACAACUUCUUCCUGCAUUAUUUACCCGCUCUUUUCGUCGACAUUUAUUACGCUUUGACUGGAAGAAAACGGACAAUGCUAAAACUCUACAACAAAGUCAUGAAGUUGACCCACAUUCUGUUCUACUUUUCAACCCAGGCCUGGAAAUUUACAGACAAUAAUGUGAUAUCCAUGUGGGGUGCUCUGUCAAGCGAAGACAAGACUGUAUUUCCGUUUAGCAUUGGAGAGAUGAGCUGGGACUACAUGUGCGAAACCUUUUUGCUAGGUUUAAGGGUGUAUUUGUUGAAAGAUGAUCUGUCUACGCUGCCUGAAGCCCGCAAAAAGUGGGACAGAUUAUUCUACAUGCAUCAAAUAUUGAAACUGGUGUCUUUUAUAGUAAUUAUUUAUGUCGGUUCUUUGCUAUUCAAAGGGCUGAGCUACAUUAUACUUGGUUCAUAGAUUGAAGGGCUACUGAGUAUGUACAUUUGAACUCUUAAAUGUUUUUAGAAGCAUUGCGCCCUCUAUGGCAUAAUCAAUGAAUGCGGAAUGUGUGUCAUUGUUAAAUAAUUCUCGCAUUCUUAUUGUUUGCAGUUAAGUCUUAGUUUCACCGCGUAGGUGCAACAAUGUGAAGUUGUAAGUUUCAUAUCGUGCUCUUCAAUAACCACAUAGUUUUAAUAACGUGUUCCGUCCAAGAAAAUUGUGAGAUUAGUAAGAAAUUAGACAUAUCUAUAAUAAAAUAUGUUUUCAUAAUUAUCAAUAAGUGGGAAUGUUAGCAUUACUUAAAAGAAAAAGAUUCCACGUAGUAGAUAUGUCAUUUAUGGAGCGUACAAUCAUUUCCAAUGUGUAUGCAAUCGCAAAAACCUAAACAUAAUGAUGGACUUCAGAUAAUAGCUUAUGUAAUAGUUACAGUCCAUAAUAUAAGCGGCGCCUUAACUCGGGGCCAUGCCCACCCUUAAGUCAGGGUCCGUGUAGUGUAAUUAAGUAUUUAAGGCGGCAUAAUAGUUGAAAUUUUAAAAUUUGACUACCUGUCGGGUCUAAUUGCCAAAAAACUACAUUUAUGAUACACAGUUACGUCCAUUUUGUUUUACAUGAUGUUUGGUUACAUAACACGCAACGGUUACAGUUACAGCUUGCUAGUGAGUACCCGGCUUAACACAAAAUGCCAUUAAUUCUAUUGAUACGCAUAUUUGUUAAAGUUUAGAAAAUUAUUUUUCUAUAGCUCAAGAUCAUUAUUUGAAUAAUGAGAAAUAAACAGACCACCUAAAUUUCUUAUUAAAGAGUUCUAUUGAUCAGCGCCAUCUAGGUUAUAAAACGGAACUUUGACCUUUGUUACAAUCUGUUUGGAGAUAAGCAUUCCUCUUGGGUCAUUUGGUCCAUUGGCAUAGCAAUUUAGAGUAAAUUUUAAAACAAUUUUUAUAACUCAGUCAGCUAGUUCAUUUUAAAACCUAGGACCAAUAGAAGCCAUAUUGCUAGAAAAGCAUGUGUGAUUUAUAUUUGUUUUAUAGUGAUAAAUAGAAUAUUAGAAAAUGUAUUUAUUUUAAAUGAAUUUUAUACAUUGUUAUUUAUGUAAGAUAUCUUUUAACAUCAG